UUCCAAUUCGCAUCGUCAUCCUACACGCGUACCACGCCUCCGACCCGAUUCACCACCAGCGAGUCCCUCUCCGGGCAACAGCGGGCUGCAGAUGGGGGCGACGGGGGACGCGGAAGGGGCGGCGGCGGGGUGCCGCGCGCGGGCGGCGCUGCUGGGCGCGUACGAGCUGGGCCGCACGCUCGGGGAAGGCAACUUCGGCAAGGUGAAGCAGGCGCGGCACCGCGCCACCGGGGAGCACUUCGCCGUGAAGAUCCUGGACCGCGGCAGGGUGCUCUCCCUCCCCGGCGCCGACGACCAGGUCCGCAGGGAGAUCGCCACGCUCACCAUGCUCGCGCACCCCAACGUCGUCCGCCUCCACGAGGUUGCUGCUAGCAAAACAAAGAUCUAUAUGGUGCUUGAGUUUGUCAAUGGAGGCGAACUUUUUGACAGGAUUGCAAUAAAGAGAAAACUAUCUGAACGAGAAGGAAGGAGGCUUUUUCAGCAGCUAAUUGACGGUGUGAGCUAUUGCCAUGAAAAGGGUGUCUACCACAGAGACCUCAAGCCUGAAAAUGUUCUUAUUGAUCGGAAAGGCAAAAUCAAGAUAUCUGAUUUUGGUCUCAGUGCUUUACCACAACAUCUUGGGAAUGAUGGAUUGCUGCAUACAACCUGUGGUAGCCCCAACUAUAUUGCUCCUGAGGUUCUGCAGAACAGAGGUUACGACGGAUCAUUGUCGGAUAUCUGGUCUUGUGGAGUAAUUCUUUACAUAAUGCUUGUAGGACACCUUCCGUUUGAUGACCGAAAUAUGGUUGUUCUUUAUCAGAAGAUUUUCAAGGGUGACACUCAGAUCCCGGAGUGGCUUUCGCCCGGUGCACAAAACCUUCUUAAGAGGAUUCUUGAACCAAAUCCGAUGAAGAGGAUCAACAUGGCAGAGAUCAAACUACACGAAUGGUUUCAGAAAGACUAUAUUCCUGUUGCUCCAUAUGAUGACGAUGAUGAAGAUGUACGGCUUGGUGCAAUUCUACCUAUCAAAGAGCAAAUUAGUGAAGCUCACGGGGACAAGAGUAUUCAUCAAAUGAACGCUUUUCAGCUGAUCGGAAUGGCAUCUUCCCUCGAUCUUUCAGGUUUAUUUGAAGAAGAGGGAGUGUCCCAGAGAAAGAUCAGGUUCACAUCAGCACAUCCACCGAAGGAUUUGUUCGACAAGAUUGAAGUGUCCGCGACGCAGUCAGGGUUCCAUGUUCAGAGAGCGCAUAGCAAGCUCAAAAUAACGGGCAAUUGCAAUGGACCGAACAACCCCACACCAUUCUUAGUCUGUGCCGAGGUGUUUGAGCUUGGCCCCUCUCUGCAUGUUGUGGAGCUUAGGAAGUCCCAUGGUGACACUGCAGUGUACAGACAGCUCUACGAUAGGAUCUCGAGUGAUCUUGGGAUUGAUAAGAUUUUUGGGAUGGGGUCGCUCUUCGGCGACAACCUCCCGAGCUUUGACAGCAGAGCCGCAACACCACUGGUUGCCUUGUGAUGAGUGCUGUGCUGUAGAUACCCCAACUGACAUGAUGUAGGACGCUAGGAUCAUAGCUGUUUAUUGAUUGGAAAUGAUGAUGAUGAUGUAAGGAUUAGGAUCUCACUGUGUACAGAACUGCAUACAGAUAGUCGAGUGGUGAAACUGACUAUCAUCCUCAGCUGAAGGGGUGUGAUAGCGGCACAAAAAUGGUUCAGCGAUGUAAUAAUUUUUUGCGCGAAAAGGCCAAAGGCCUUAUAUUAAAGUCGACCAACCUUUGCAAGGA